CAAUUAGCCACAUUGCAUCCCCUUAAACUAUCCCAAAAAUUCAGCACUAGCAUGACGGAGGAAAUUACCUCCAUACCCUUACUCGACGCCGCCGAUUUCAAUUACUUCAAGCCUCAAUGGACCAACUUCACCUUCUCCCAACUCCAAUCCGCUACCAGCAAUUUUUGCCAAGGUUAUUUGAUCGGAAAAGGCGGAUACGCGGAGGUGUAUAGGGGCCGUCUGCGCGGAGGCGCACUUGUUGCGAUUAAACGUUUGACUAAGGGGUCAACGGAAGAAAGAAUAGGGGAUUUCCUAACGGAACUCGGUAUAAUGGCGCAUGUAAAUCACCCUAACACGGCUAAAAUGAUUGGCUAUGGGGUUGAAGGUGGAAUGUACCUUGUGCUCGAGUUGUCUCCCAUUGGAAGCUUGGCCUCUAUGCUUCACAGUUCGAGGGAGAAGGUGGCAUGGGAUACUAGGUACAAGGUUGCAAUCGGAACGGCUAAGGGGUUGUUGUACCUUCACGAGGGUUGUCAAAGGAGGAUCAUUCAUCGAGAUAUUAAAGCUGCUAAUAUAUUACUUACCCAAGACUUUGAACCUCAGAUAUGUGAUUUUGGGCUUGCAAAAUGGUUGCCGGAUCGGUGGACUCACCUUACGGUUUCAAAAUUUGAAGGCACUUUCGGUUAUCUAGCACCGGAGUUCUUAAUGCACGGAAUAGUAGACGAGAAAACCGACGUUUUCGCCUUUGGAGUGCUGCUUUUGGAACUUAUAACCGGUCGACGAGCUCUUGAUUAUUCACAGCAAAGCCUCGUUAUGUGGGCUAAGCCUCUGCUGAAGAAGAACAAAAUAAGAGAGCUUAUAGACCCCUCACUUGCCGAAGACGACUACAACCCGAUGCAAAUGAAUCUCGUGAUUUUGGCCGCUUCUCUUUGCGUGCAACAAUCUUCCACCAAACGCCCUCGAAUGAGUCAGGUGCUGCUACUUCUAAGAGGGAGCUGUGGUAGUUUAGAAUUGAUCAGAAAAUGUAAGAAGCUAUCAAUUUGGAAAAAGUAUUAUAAGGAUCUCUUUAGUGCAGGAGAAAAGUACAACACCUCUAAAGCCAUGGAAGCUUAAUUUUGGUAGAGGUACAACCCCAUUUUUUCCGGACAUUUUAAAAUUAUUUAUCAUAGUAUUAAAUAUUGUUUUAUGUAAAAAA